AUGGCCACCCCUGCGGCUCUUCUCCAUGAUGAGCUUCAAGAUGCUGGUAUCUUACUUCCUGGAACAACCCAGCCUCCUUACAAUCUUCACAAGGGCUCCUUGCAGCUUGCUCAACAUUCAGAUGCUUCUCAAACAAACUCUGACUCUAGAGAUGGAGAGUUUAUACUGCCCAAUGGGGAUAUUUAUCGUGGCGCAUUAUCGGGCAACACGCCACAUGGCUCAGGUUGUUAUAUCUGGUCCGAUGGUUGUGUUUAUGAGGGUGACUGGAGGAGAGGCCUCAGGCAUGGGCAAGGCAAGACGCUGUGGCCGACAGGGGCCACCUACACAGGUGACUACUCCGGUGGCUACAUUUAUGGUCAAGGAACGUAUACUGGGCUAAACAACUCCACUUACAAGGGAGGCUGGAAGCUGAAUCUUAAGCAUGGCCUUGGUUUACAGACAUAUCCCAACGGAGACAUUUUUGAAGGUUCUUGGGUGCAUGGAGAAAUACAAGGGCAUGGCACCUAUACCUGGGCAGAUGGCAACACUUAUGUUGGCACCAUGAAAAAUGGGGUCAUGUCAGGCAAAGGAAUCCUCACAUGGAACAAUGGAGAUUCAUUUGAAGGGAACUGGUUAGAUGGUGUCAUGCAUGGGUAUGGAGUCUACACAUGGAAGGACUCUGGCUACUAUGUUGGAACCUGGACAAGGGGGUUGAAGGAUGGAAAAGGCACAUUCUAUCCAAAAUGUCAUGGAAUUCCAGUUCCCGAUGAGCUAUACAUCGACGGUUUAAGAAAGAGAGGUGUACUGCCUGGUGCUGAAAGUCAGAUUCAUGGUUCUCGUAUCCUUCACUCCGCCUCAUUUGACAUGGCAGACAUGAUGGCUAGCAAAAAUCAGGACUCUGUAGGUAUUUCAUCUGUUAGAAGCUUGAGUUUUGGGAAAACUCGCUCGAGAAAUGUAUCACUGGAAAGAAGGUGGAGCCUUGGAGCAGCCAUUGAAAAAUUCAUUGGUUGUGAAACAAAUGAAAGUUCUGCAAUUGAAAGCUGUGAAAAUAAGGCUGAUUCCAACCUUCCUAUACUGGAACGGGAAUAUAUGCAAGGUGUUCUCAUCAGUGAGGUUGUGGUGGAUAGAAGCUUCUCAGAUCCAUUAAAAAAGGUAUCACGCCGCCCGAAGAAAUUGGUGAAGGAUAUAAAGAAACCUGGGCAGACAAUAAUUAAAGGACAUAGAAGUUAUGAUCUGAUGCUCAGUCUGCAGCUUGGAAUCAGGUAUACAGUUGGAAAGAUUACACCUAUUCAGAGACGUGAAGUGCGAGCUUCUGAUUAUGGUCCCAGAGCAAGUUUCUGGAUGAACUUCCCCAAAAAUGGAUCACGGCUUACUCCUUCACAUCAUGCUGAUAAUUUUAAAUGGAAAGACUACUGCCCAAUGGUGUUCAGAAAUUUGAGGGAGAUGUUCAAGAUUGAUGCAGCGGAUUAUAUGAUUUCAAUUUGUGGAAGUGAUGCACUUAGGGAGCUAUCUUCUCCUGGAAAGAGUGGAAGUGUCUUCUUCCUAUCUCAGGAUGAUCGAUUUAUGAUCAAGACUCUACGGAAGUCUGAAGUGCAGGUUCUUCUACGAAUGCUUCCAGAGUAUUAUUACCAUGUCCGUACCUACGAGAACACACUCAUAACUAAGUUUUUUGGCCUCCACAGGGUUAAACCGUCCAGUGGUCAAAAGUUCCGAUUUGUAGUGAUGGGAAACAUGUUUUGCACUGAACUUAGAAUUCACCGGAGGUUUGACUUGAAAGGUUCAUCCUUAGGCCGCUCAACAGACAAAGUAAAAAUCGACGAGAAUACAACACUGAAAGACUUGGAUCUAAACUAUUCAUUUUAUCUCGAGCCUUCAUGGCGGGAGACUUUGCUUGCGCAAAUUGAGACCGAUAGCAAAUUUCUAAAGUAUCACGCAAUAAUGGAUUAUAGCUUGCUUCUUGGCGUUCAUUUUCGGGCUCCUCAAAGCCUACGGACACAGGCAUCCUUUCAUCAAACAAUCCUACCAGAUAGGCUGGCUGUUCUUUCGGAAGAAGAUGCUCUGGAGGCGGCGGCUUUGAACAGUCCUGAAGGACUGGUUUUGGUUCAGCGAGCUAGUGAUCAAAAUGAUGUUGUCAUCGGUUCUCAUAUAAGGGGAGCCCGUCUUCGAUCAUCAAGUGCAAGUUUCGAGGAAGUAGAUCUCUUGCUUCCAGGCACCGCAAGGCUCCAGAUCCAACUUGGGGUUAACAUGCCGGCGAGGGCAGAACAGGUGGUUCAGGAUAAUGACAGUGAGGCCAAUGAUCAGGUGUACGAUGUGGUGCUCUACCUGGGAAUAAUUGAUAUCUUGCAGGAGUACAACAUAAGGAAGAAGAUUGAGCAUGCUUACAAGUCCAUCCAAUAUAACUCAUUGUCAAUAUCUGUCGUGGAACCCAAUUUCUACUCGGAGCGCUUCCUGAAAUUCAUUCAGACGAUCUUUCCUGAAAAUUCAUAA